GUCAAAACUUUUUGCUAACGUGAAUUUACCGGGUAAAUAAGUAUAAAUAACUAGAAAAGUAAUUAACUCUUCUACAGUUUACAUAACAAUAGUGCAAGACAUAUUAUUGCAGUGGUAUUUACUCUUGAAUGAAAAAACAUAAUUUGAGGUUAAGUAUGUGAAUACUACGAAGUUGUGAUAUCAAUAAAGACCUUAUAAAUCAUAAUAUCUCACGAUGUCUAACCCAAAUAUAGAAGAAACAAUCCUUAAAUACGAGAAUUUCAUCAACGACGUACUUAAAGAGGACCUGCGAAAUCUAGAAUUGCGACUUCAACAAAUAAACGCUGAAAUUGCCGACUUAAUUCAACAGAAACAUACACUAAAGGUCAUCACAGAUAAGGAAAUACAUCCAAACGGCUUUAAAACUCAAGUGAAUCUUGGCUGUAACUUUUUCAUGGAGGCGGCUGUAGUUGACACAUCAAAAAUGUUGAUGAAUAUUGGGCUUAAUCAUCAUUUAGAGUUUACGGUAGAGGAAGCUAAUAAGUAUUUAGAUGUGAGAAUAAAGGCUUUUGAGAGUAAAGCUAAGGAAUUGCAGACAAAGGCUGCGGAGACGAAAGCCCAUAUAAAGUUGAUGUUGUUUGGUAUCGGGGAGCUACAGGAUAAAGCAAUUAAAAGCAGUUGAUUGUUGGACUGUAAAUAGUUUAAUUUUUAUUUAAUGUGCCAGAGCAUAUUGAUAUCUGUAUUUCUGUAAUAUUUCGAUGUACUGAAAUAAUAAGUUAGUAAUAAUAAGUUUAGGGAUAUUCCGCUAUGAAGUCGAACUAGCUGAACUUUUGUAAACUUUUUUACGAAUAUAAUGUUUUUGUAUGAAAUUCCAGUAUCUAUCACACUAUGUAUUAUUAUAUAAGUAUGUAAAUUUAUCCUAUAAGGCUUAUCAAAAUGUAAAUUUUCAUCAUCAUGGACCAAAACAAUUUGUUUCAAAGAAAUGUGAAUUCUCGAUCUAUCAAAUUCUUUUAGAGAGAACAGAGAACAUUGAAGUAAUGCUCUGCCUGUUUACAUUAAAAUAUUAUGAUUAUGAUUAUAACCAAUGUUGUUUUGUUAAGGAAAACUAUGGCCCCAAAUAAAUAAAAUUAAAGUAAACUUAACUUCUUGUAAAUAAAAUUAUUAGUUUUUUAUAAUGUCAUAAAAA